AGUGGCAUUCCAGAGAUAAUGUUGACCAGAAGUCUUCUCUAUCUGUCGAUUUUGGUUGUUGUCCGGGAUGGUGGCGCCCUGAAGCUGGAAGAGAGCGAAGUGGUGGAUCAAUUCUAUUCCACUUCAAUCGUUAGCAUGGAGGAUCUCCUGGAGUUCCAUGCGGAUUUGCUUUUCCAGCUGAACAGCUACAUUGGCGUUCUGAGAGCUAGGAUGAAACUCAUACGAAGGAUAGCAGAUUACAUGAUGGAGCAUGAUCAUAUAGUCAGCCUCGAGGACCAUUCCCUAAACUACUUUCAUCUCGUUCGGCACAUGCACAAGGAUUGGGCACACGUGCUGGAGUUGAUGGAGCAGCCCCUGGGUAAGAGUCAGCUGCUGUUUCUAAAGGAGUCGCGGCCCCACUAUCCCAGUGCCUGGGACUUGGAAGAAGGCUCCUUGGGUAUUCACAGGAUGCAGAAGACCUAUCAGCUGCAGCCCAAGGAUAUGGUCAGAGGCCUGCUCGAUGGCGUUCAUCAUGGGACACGCUUUUCAACCCUCGAGUGUUUCACCGUGGCUCGAGCAAUAUAUAAGAAGCACAGAUACCACGACGCGGUGACUUGGCUGGAAGAGACCCUUAGCCUAUACGAUCAGGCAUCAGAGCAGACAAAAGAGAACUACCAGAUCCUUGGAUUUGAUGUCUCCCAAGCGCACAAGCUGUACAUCAAAGGCCUCAUGCAUCUAAAUCGCUAUGAGGAUGCUUCGAAAGCCAUUGAUCGGGAUCCCAAACCCUACCUACGGCGACUUCGCGAUCGGGUACAGAUGCGGAUGAUGAGCACUAACGAUCUUCCGCUAGAGAAGCCCAAUCCUCCUCUGACUGGCUUACAGCUCUGCUGUCGUGGGGGCUGUCCUUAUCGGGACAUGCACCGCCUGACCUGCAGCUACAACACCACAGCCGCGCCCUUCCUCCGGCUGGCUCCCUUCAAGACGGAGCUUCUCUCACUCUCCCCCUACAUGGUGCUCUACCACGACGUCAUCACACCGCUGGAGUCGCUGGCGCUGCAAAAUCUAUCCAAGCCCCACAUGAAGCGUCGGGCCAUGGUCAUGGUCAACGAUCUGAAGGUGAGGCCUUUUAUUGACUCGGGACGUACCUCGAACUCUGUGUGGCUCACGUCCCACGAAAAUGCGGUCAUGGAGCGGCUAGAACGAAGAGUCGGGGUCAUGACAAACUUCGAGAUGGAGAACUCGGAGGUAUACCAGCUGAUCAACUACGGGAUCGGAGGCCACUACAAACCCCACACCGACCACUUUGAGACCCCACAGGCUCUCGAGCAUCGCGGAGGAGGAGACCGAAUAGCCACCGUUCUUUUUUAUCUCAGUGAUGUUCCCCAAGGUGGUGCCACUCUCUUUCCACGUCUAAAUAUCUCCGUUCAACCACGACAAGGUGAUGCUCUUCUCUGGUACAACCUCAACGAUCGAGGACAGGGCGAAAUAGGCACUGUCCAUACUUCUUGUCCCAUAAUCAAGGGAUCUAAAUGGGCCCUGGUCAAAUGGAUAGACGAGCUGUCGCAGCCGUUCCGCAGACCGUGUAAUCGAUAGUACUUCCUUUUAUACCCAUAUCUAAUACAGAAUUCUGUUAGCCACGCUUCGCUUUGACACUA